GCCGCCCCCGAACAUGAAUGAAACAUGUCUUGGCCGCGGUAAAGGAAACAACAGUAAUUUUGUUCUAAAUUCAGAAAAGUGAUAUUCUCGACAAAACAACAAAAUAUUUAGUCCUUCUUCGAACGGCGCUGCGGACGAGUCAUCGACUUCGAAUAUACUCCUCAGCUAAAAAACAACAAAACUUCAGAGCUGUCUGUCUCGCCCUAAGAAGGAGAGAAGCAGAGUGAAACGCUUGAAAGAUCAAAAUCAAAAUGAGAUAUUUUGCACCACCACCAACAACAACAACAACAACAACAACAAUGUCAAUAAAAAUAUUUAAUAGAAAAAUAAAAGUAUAAUCAACUGAUUAACAAGGACAAUAACGGAACUGAGAGCUCGGGCGAAAAGAAACGAUAUAAAACGUUGCACCAACCACCACCGCCUCACCGCUUCACCGCCUCAAUGCCUCACAGCUCGCUCGUUCACCGCUAAUGCUCCACCACUACCACCACCACUACAACCACCACAACCACCACUACCACCACUACUACAACUAGUACUAGUACCACAACCAAUACCACCACCACCACCACCAAUAAAUAGCCAAAAAGACAGUAAAGGCCAAACAAAGAUAAAGAUAAAGACAAAGACUAAGACAAAGAUACAGAUACAGUUACAGUUACAGAUACAGAUAAAGCUAAAGAUUCCGAAAGAUCCGAAAAUGUCGUCAUUCGCAAAAUCCAAGAACCAAUGUUGCAUAGGGGCAAACCAAGAAGCCGAAGCCCGAACCACAGCCCAAAAAAAAAAAAAAGAGACAUCAAUCUCUAAGCCUUAAAUCUAAAACAUAAAUCUAAAGUGUAUCUAAUCACAAAUUCUUCAUGUAAAAUUCUCUUUAAAUCAAAUCAACCAAAACACGAAUCACACAAACCAAACAAAAUCAAAUAUCGAAAUCUAAACCAAAUAAUUACAAUCACAAUCGCAGCCCCAGGCAAAGCCCUCAUUGACCACAAAGCAUAUGAGCUAGUGGCUAAAGGUGUCUACGGCAUCGACCUGUUUCAUGUUGUAAUUCGAGGACUUUCGUUUAUUGGCAACAAUAAUGGUCAGCACAACAUUGACAACAUUGGCUGCUGGACAAACAACUAGUAGCAAUAAUCAUCAUCACCACCACCAUCAUCACCACCAGCAGCAGCAGCAGCAGCAGCAACUGCAACAGCAGCAACAGCAGCAGCAACUGCAACAGCAGCAACAGUUGCCCUACCAGCGACUGCCGCCACACGCCACAGCUUCCACGGGGGCAGCAGGAUCACUGGGAGCAACCGGCAACCAGUCCCGCAGCUUCUAUGCGCUGAACGGUCUGGAGCACGACUGCGACGGCAACAGCAGCAGCAACAACUAUCCACAGCAGCAGCAGUCCUCUUCUCCGCUAAACGAUCAGAUCAGCCUGCUCUUCCCGAAGUGCCGGCCCAAGCAGCAGCAGCAGCAGCAGCAUUAUCCACAGCAGCAGCAGCAGCAGCAGCAACACCAGCAGCAGCGACAUGAGCUCCACACGGAUGUGAAUCUUAACAGGAGCAGCAGCCCCACCACUGUAGCAGCCACUGCGGCCACGGAUCCCGCUGCCACGCAGACCAGCACGCCCAGCUACUACAAGAGCGUCAACAUCAUAACACAGUCGCCGCCGCCGCACUCGGCCUCGUCACACUCCUCGGAGUCGCUCUCCUCGGUGACGCCGCGUAUAUCCACAAAUCCGUUCCUGUGCGCCCCACUGACACCGCCCACACCGCCGCCACCGCCGCCGCUGCACAGCUCUGCCGCACUUCCAGUCGAGGGUGAGGGUGAGGGUGAAUCGGAGGGAUCCAGAGACGGAUCCAGAGACGGCGUUGCUGCUGGUGGAGCGGGUGCCGGAGCUGAAGAGGAAGUAGACGAGACCGUCCUGGCGGCAGGCUAUCCGGCCUCCUUCUACUACCACACGGGCGAGACCAGGCGUGGCCAGAGCACCUACCCCGAGAUGCCGCGCAAACGGAGCACAGGCCUGCCCACCAGCGCCAGUGCAAGCGCCAUCAGCAGCAGGCAGCAAUCACUGCACAACGGCGGCAGCAACGUGAACGGAACUGCCAGCAAUGGCAAUACUCAGAGUCAGGUGCAGAGCCAGAGCCAGAGCCAGAAUCCCUUCAUCAAGGAGAACUAUUGGGAGACAGCUCCCAUGCGAGCCAGUUCCCUGCUGCACUCUCCCACGGAGUACGCGGAGUACGCGGAGGAGCAGCAGCAGCAGCAGCAGCAGCAUCAACAGCAGCAACAUCUGCAAGCCUCCGCCCGGCGGGCAUACCACCAACAGCGGGAGCAGAUGGCCACACAGCUGUACGGCUUGGCCCAGCGACAGGCAACGCAGCAGCCGCCGGCGCACAUCCUCCGGGUCGGACGGAGCCCGAUCAACCGCAGCUACACGGCAACCCAGCAGCAGCAGCAGCCACAGCAGCAGCAACAGCAACAGCAGUCCGUAAACAAUGCCUGUGCGGACGGACUGACCCCACUGGCCAGCCACUAUCUAUACGGAAGCAAGUCGUCUUUGGAUCAGCACGGGGCCGGGGACUGGGAGCCGCGGGAGCAGCGCAAACUGAGGAUGCGCGAGGAGCGGGAACGGGAGAGGGAGAUCCUGUUGCUUGAGCAGGAGGUGCUGGCGGCACGGGAAAACCACCUGACCCACUUGACGGGGCAGCAGCAUCAGCAGCAGCGCAAGCGGCAUGGACACGGCGAGGACAGAGAGCGUGAGAGGGAACGCGAUCAUCGUCUGGUCAAUGGUAGCGCAGCAGGCAAUGAGGGUGUCUACGGAUCGGCAGAUCCCGGCGAGAGCUGGCAGCAUCUGCGUGUUACAACCGAAGCGAAUGUGGCCGAGGAAAGCAGCUGCAAGCAUCCCAGCAAGCUGAUAGAGAAGACUCUGCCCAUGCCACAGUCGCAGUCCCAGUCGCAGUCCCAAUCGCAGUCCCAGUCGCAGUUGCAGCUGCAGUUGCAAUCCGGCCUAAGGAGCCUUGAGGAGGCAGCCAUGUACCGGGAGCACAAGCUGGAUGCCUGGCAACUGGAGCGCAACUACACGCUGGCCGUGGAGUCGCGUCACGGCAUUAUAGAAUACGAAGGCUCUCCCCGGCGCAUUGGUGGCUGGGGGGCAGUGACUGCAGCAGCGGCAGCCUCGGCAGCGGACGAAAGCGAACCACCAGCCACUGCGGCAGCAGCAGCAGCACCAGCACCGCAGCAGCAGCAGCAGCAGCAGCUUCCCAUGGCCGCUGUGCCACCGUUGAGCUCAACAGCCACCUCGCUGCAGAAGACGGCGGCCCGGGCAGCCCUUGCCGCACUGGCCCAGACCCAGAACCACAUUCAGAACCACUCGCAGGCGCCACAACCACCGCAGCAAUUGCAGGCCUAUCCUGUGCGCCCGGGCUUUCCACAGCGAAUCCUUUCGCCGCCUCAUCGCGAGCCCCGCAGCUGCUCCCCUCAGCCGCCGCAGCACGCGGCACCACAGCACCACACGAGCAUGAUGAGCAACCACAGCAACAACCACACGAACACCAACAAACUACAGCAGCCGGUGACCAGCAGCGACACCAAUGCGGAGGACACCAGCAACGAUGUGUCCGAAAUUGGCACCAUCUCCGACCUGACCACGCCUGAAGCGGUGGCCAACGAGGUGGCCAGCAGGUCGGCCACGCCACCAAUGCACACAACACCAGCACCAGCACCAGCACCAGCACCACCGACAGCGUGCUGCUCAACAGGAGCAGGAGCAGGAGCAGGAGCAGGGGCGGGACCAGGACCUGGAGCUGGACCACUGAGCCUCCACACAAAAUCAUCGACCUUUGAUUACCUCUACGAGUUCUCGGAGACGCGCAAGGUGCUGGAGGAGUUCUUCAAGUGCCCCUCGACCGACGAGCAGCCCAUCAUGGAGAACGGCAGCGAUGUGGACAGCAUUGACAUACAGUACGAGUUCCACAGCAACUUUGAGCGCGACGAGGAGGAGCUGGUCGAGGAUGAGGAGGAGGACGAUGACGUGGACGUCGACGGUGACGGUGACGACGAGGAGAACGAUGAGGCAGAAGACGAGGAAGAGCACAUCGCGCAAGACCAGGAGCACGACGAGGAUCAGGAUCACGACCAGGACCGGGACUAUCGCCAGCAGCAGCAGCAAGCCCCCACCUCAGACCUGUCCAGAGACGUAGAGCGUCAUGUCUACGGGGGAUACACCCAGCCGCAGAUGCAGCAAAGUCAGCCCAUGCCCGUGGGAGUGGGCGUGGGCGUGGGCGUCUCGGGACGUAGGCCACACUACAGCAGCGGCAGCCCCCUGAUGCGGGACUUUGACUUCUUCCUGGACUCUGCCAGCCGGAGCAGCGGCGAACGGGACGGUGAGCAGGAUGGCCUAAACCACAACCAACUGCUGAGCACCGGAAGCGGCAGUGGGCUCGGCCAGAGCGUGGGCGUGGGCGUCGGCCCGGCUGGGGGCCACAACUACCGCUACUCGCCGGAGACCACCGACUACGACUCCAACUGUGGCGAUCUGGACAGUCUUUCUGGGGAGAUGAACGGAGGCGUGUCGACCUCGUGCUCGAACUACGCCAAGUACUAUGCCUCCGCCAUGCCCGUGCUGGAGGACGGACUCUCCUCGGGCCACACCAGCGACACCGAGAACAACAACAAUAAGAACCUGCAGCAGGCCGGCGUCCAGGGGGGCCCGGGUCAGGGUCAGUGCCCCAACAGCCUGAGUGCCAGCACCAGCAUCGGUGGCAGCGGCGGCAUCUCCAUGCUGAUGGACAUGAAGCGCCUAUCCACCAACAACAGCCUCAACAGCAUGCACAACCUGACCACCGCCUCCACCACGGACAGCAACGGCGGCCACGGCCACCUCGUCAACAGUCCCAGUCCCAGCAAUGGGCUCGCCAAGCAGCCACCGCCGAUGCCACAGCCCCGGGAGCUGCUCGGCCAGAGUCCCAGCCAGACCCAGAGCCACAGUCACAGCCAGAACAAAGUGUUCAAGAACAUCGAUCCCGACCUGGACUCGCUCUAUUCGAUCAGUGUUUUCCAUCGACCGGACACGGUGCAGAUGACUCCGCCGCCGCCGGCUCCAGCGCCGCAUCGCAAGCCCAAUAGCAGUAGCGCAGCAGACGUCGAUCUGCUGCAGCCGAGCAGCAAGCACACGCCCCUGGCGUCGGCCAUCAGCUCAACGCUGCAGCGCAGCUCCCCCACCACGCCGUCGGGCAGUGGUGGGUUGGGGUCCGGCCCGGGUAAGCCCAGGAGUGCGGGGAGCAACGGUAGCAGCAAUGGAACCGGAACCGGAAACGGCAACGGAGUGUUGGGAGGCGUACCGCCGCCGAUUCCGGAAAGAAGCAGCCUGAUGACGGCGCAGCGAUCGCCUUCGCCGGUGAUAAGCUCGCCCGUGUGGCUGUCCCGCCACCUGGACGGUGGUGUCGGCAAGGGGCUGCUCGAGUCCGGGUCGGACAACCAUUCGAAGAACCACAGUGCGGACGAGGACGAUGUGGACACUGACCUGGAGACGGACCGCCUGCUGGGACACCAGCGGCUGGACGACCAGGGCUACUACGACGAGAACAAGAGCUGGGACCGCAAGCCGCGCUCCUCACUGCUCUCGAAAAUCUCACCCAAGCAGCAAAUGCCCAGCACGAAGACGCGGAACGGCUACAACGCUCUGCUCAGCUCCACGCCGGAGCUGCUGCCGCCACCACCCAUACCCCCAAAAAGCUCCUCCGGCAGCGGUGGCAAGCUGCUCGACCUCGUCGGGGGCAUGGUCCAGCGCAGCAUAUCACGCAGCUCCUCGGAGCACAGCGAGAAAUCGCCCAGCAAGAUGCAGUUACAGGCCCAGCAGUCCGGGUCGACCGUAGGCGAUCCUGUGGAUGUGGUGGCCUCGGCCGUGGUGGCUGCCUCGGUGGCAGCGGCGGUGGCAUCGGCUCCGCCCUUGGAAAGUCCCGGCAACGGCGGCGGAUCCGACCGUUCCGUGAACGGAGGCGGUGGCGGCAUCAUCAAGCUGGAGGCGGAGAACGGCAGUCUCAACGGAGGAAUCAACAUCACAGCAGCAGUGGCCGGAGGAGCAGGAGCAGGAGCUGGGAGCAGUGUGGCCAAUCCCGGAGCCGUGACCACCGCAGUGAAUGCUGGCAGCAACAACAGCAGCGGCAGCGGCGCCGGCAGCAACAGCAACAGCGGCUGCGGCAGCGGCGAGAAAAAAGUGAAAAAGAGUAAGAGCAAAGAAGGCGGCGCAGUGCUAAUCGAGGGCGUCCUCUUCAGGGCCAAGUACUUGGGCUCCACGCAGCUGGUCUGCGAGGGUCAGCCCACAAAGUCGACGCGCAUGAUGCAGGCCGAGGAGGCCGUCUCCCGUAUCAAGGCCCUGGCACCCGAUGGCGAUGUCCAGCCCAGCACCGAAGUGGAUCUAUUUAUAUCAACGGAGAAGAUCAUGGUGCUGAACACCGACUUGAAGGAGAUCAUGAUGGAUCACGCACUGCGCACGAUCUCUUAUAUAGCGGACAUUGGAGAUCUGGUGGUGCUGAUGGCUCGACGCCGCUUUGUGCCGCAGGACAUCGACGAUGCUCCCAAGCCGAAUCGUACGCCCAAGAUGAUCUGUCACGUGUUUGAGAGCGACGAAGCCCAGUUCAUUGCCCAGUCCAUAGGCCAGGCCUUCCAGGUGGCCUACAUGGAGUUCCUCAAGGCCAACGGCAUCGAAGACCAUCGAUUCGUCAAGGAGAUGGACUACCAGGAGGUGCUCAACAGCCAGGAGAUCUUUGGCGACGAGCUCGAGAUCUUUGCCAAGAAGGAGCUGCAAAAGGAGGUCGUUGUGCCCAAGGCCAAGGGCGAGAUACUCGGUGUGGUCAUUGUCGAGAGCGGCUGGGGCUCCAUGCUCCCCACCGUCGUCAUUGCCAACCUGAUGAGCUCCGGUGCGGCGGCCCGGUGCGGCCAACUGAACAUCGGCGAUCAGCUGAUCGCCAUCAACGGACUGAGCCUCGUCGGCCUGCCGCUCUCCACCUGCCAGACGUACAUUAAGAACACCAAAAACCAAACAGUCGUCAAGUUCACAGUGGUGCCCUGCGCCCCCGUUGUCGAGGUGAAGAUCAAGCGGCCAGAGACCAAAUAUCAGCUGGGAUUCAGUGUUCAGAAUGGUGUGAUCUGCAGUCUUCUGCGGGGCGGCAUAGCCGAGCGAGGUGGGGUCCGCGUUGGCCAUCGCAUCAUUGAGAUCAACAACCAGAGCGUGGUGGCAGUGCCCCACGAGAAGAUCGUCAACUUGCUCGCCACAUCAGUGGGGGAGAUACUCAUGAAGACGAUGCCCACAUCCAUGUUCCGCCUGCUCACCGGCCAGGAGAAUCCCAUAUAUAUUUAAGCUCUGGGAAGAGGGGGAAAUGCAAGACGAUAGAUGAUAGAUGAUGAUAUUGUUAACUACAAAACCAUAUGGAAGAUAUUAUGAUAUAUAGUAUAUGUGUGUGUGUACGCUUGCAUAUAGAGUGUACAUACAUAUCUGUGUAUGUAUAUGCGUGUAUAGGCUUAGGAAGAUAUGAUUUAGCUUACCUAUAU